AUGUCGCAUCCGACAGUUAUCAACGUGGUUUCCUUCUUCUACCCGAUCGGCAAUACGCCUGCUGUUUGCUUGACCCAAGACUACCCAUUGGAGGAGAAUGCUGAUAUUCUACUACUUGGUUGUGGAGAUGUUCGUAACAUCCUCUUUACUACGUAUGCCGACGCGUCUCCCACUCCCCGAAAUUUAGACAUCACUUGCUGUGACGUUGAAAGCGCAAUCAUCGCACGCAAUAUCCUUCUCUUCACCCUCCUGAUCGAUGAUUCAGGCCAGGAGCGCGACUCGAUCAUCUGGCAGAUCUACUACCACUUGUUCAUCGACGCCCAGGCAAUCAAAACACUGCAAAGUCAAUGCGCCAAGUUGCUUGCGCUUUCUGAGAAUCUGGACACAUGGCACGCUGGGAAAUAUGGCAAGCUCCUCAAGUUCUGCGACCAAGGGUCUCUCGACCUGGUCAAGGAGCGCUGGGCUGCAUAUGCUAUUUCAGAUAGGACGAAGAACCAACAGAAACAGUACGAGACACGCUUCGAACGUGAGAUCAUGGAGGUGAAGGAGAAGAUCAGAGAGGCCUCUGCGAACGGUCAACGUAACACGACCGGCAUGCGAUCUGCGGCUCCAGCCACCAUGGAAGCGUUCCCUGGCGCGUGCGAUGCCUGGGACCAUUUCUGGGAACACGGCAGUACAGAUCGGAAUCCUUCAAAGCUGGCCGGAGAUCGAAAUGCCAAUCCGACCUUCGCACGAUUGGACAGGGACACGUUCUCACUUCACUACGGGACUGAUCCUCACCUGGGCUUCCCUCUGGCUACCGCAUAUGUACCACUUACUAAGGGCUCGCCUCUGGCUCCUGCGGCAACAGGUCGAACCGACUCCGACAAAGUCACUGACGCUGCCCGCAACAGCUUCCGGGCCUGGUCUGAGAAGUUUCGAGAGCGGUCUCAACACCUGACACUGCGAUUCUGCGUUGGUGAUGUCAUUGCGCUCUGCUAUUCUCUUCAGCACCAACGAGCUGAAGGCAAUAGCCAAAUUCACUGGUACAGAAACAAGUAUACUGUUCAGACACUCGUUCUCGACGGGGAGGGAUACGGUUCUGGGAGCGCACCUCUCUGCUUCGAUGUCAUUGAAACCUCUAAUCUCGUCGAUCACCUCGGCCCCCUCAACGUCCUGGUUGCUGCAUCGCCACUUCUGAAGCGCCAGGCUUCGUCUACUCUCUACACCGAAUCCCUCGUGGCAAGAGAGAAGACCCAGGAGAACUUGAUCAACGGGAUCUUAUGUGGCUCGUUUCCCACCGUCUCCAUCCUUCUGGGAUUGACCCCGGUCGAGUACUGGACCAACGCCACAGCUGUAUCGAAUACGGAAGGAGCGAUCACGGAAAAAUCCUCCAAGCUCCUGAAGCCAAAGCAUGAUGCCGAUAAUGCCAGUCAAGGUCAGAUGUAUUGUCGUAUGCCAUGGAAGGCCUUCUUCCCUACGAAUAUCUCCGCCGGCGUGGAGAAGAAGCUGCAGUUCGAUGCCGGAGAGCUGGCGUGCCUGCUCCACCGUGUCUACCUAGGCAUGUUCGAGUGUGAAGACAUGGCCAAGAAGAUGGCAGACAUCAGCGUCAGGAAGAUACGCAACGACUCUGCUCCAAUGUACCACCGCGGAAGCCUCGCGGCCUUCCUGAAGCUCCUCAAGUCCCGAGUGGACACGGACUGGUACGCGAUGGUCGACCAACUUACUCAGAGGAUUAAGCUUGACGAGUCCAUCCUGACGGGCGGUAGCUACCUCCAGGAGCUCUACGUGCAAAUGCAUCUGCUCGACGUUUUCCGCAUGCCGAACUUUGACCCUGGCUACGACGCGCUCUCAGCUCCCGGUCGCGCCCUCGGCGGGCUGGCGCAGUGGGCGAAGAUACCACCUGCUGUCUGUAUCAACUUGGUGAUUCCGCGAUCGAAAGUUGGCAUCUUCAAGAGGAUACCCCGAAACCAGCUCGGAACACCUCUGGUAAACGGCAUCGUGCAAUCUGCCACCAGCAUAUUCUCGCCACGAGCCUGGCAGAACAUAUUCGUUGACGUCCAUCUGGCCUUUGGGAAGGUACGUACAGCUGGCUCGAAGACUGAUGAGGAUUUCCGAGUCAUCGUGGAUGAGGACCCCCUUGGUUGGAAUGGCGAGUCUCCAUUGCUUGUUUCGUUCACUGUCCCAUCUUGGAAUGUCCUGGUCGAACCGUCUAAUACCCUUGUCAAAUUUGGCAUCAUGAGCACGGUUCGGAGUACAAUGACAUUUUCCAAGCACCUGGGAAUGGAGAUGGACAUUUUCGUUUCCAGACUUCUGGAUGAGAAAAAUGUCAAAAUCACCAAAUUCCCCCCUCACCUCGACAGCUAUCCGUCCGUUGGACCUCUGGAACAGGUGUUCGCGAAGGAGGAACCGGAUGACAGUCCAUUGAAACUGACUCUCAGAGCCAAUGUUGAGCAGUCGGAGGCCCGCAUUUCCGGCUUCACAGCUCGACUGGAGUUCCGGGCUUCGGCGACGAAACCUCUCCUCGCAGAUGGUGCCGAGGUCAAGUCGCAUCAGAUCUCCCCCUGCUCCAUUGUCGUCUCCGUGGGAAAGGCGGGUGGAUCCCACCAGGUAGUAUUCCCAGUCCCAGUCCUGGGUCAUCUGAACAAAGUCAGAAUCGCACGUAAAUCCUCGUGGGUCGAGGUUGUCGUCCCUCUGGCGGAUCAUGUUCACGGACAGGGCUUUCCCGAAUUCAUGUACCCACUGGGCUUGAAGGAUGGCAAACCCAUUCUCUGCAACAUGCCUUGCGUGCACCUCAAGCGCCUCCCCAUCAUCGACGUCUCCCAGCCCAAGCAGCUGACCUGGCUCGACAGCCACAUAACCAUUCAACUCUCGGCGCGCGAGCACCGCCUGCGAGAAGAGUCGAUGGAUCCCAAGUUCCCAGCCAAAACCGACCUCCGCACGAGAUUCAAGGACUCGCUCUUCUCCAUAUUCCUCAACUCCUACGGCGAGGGCGGCCCGAAGGUCAAGAUCUUCGCCAUCAACCACGCUACGCAGGGCGGCAUUCACAUCCUCGUGUUCGUCUCGCGCAUGCUCCUCGACAUCGCCAACCACACCAUCGUCCUGGACGCCGCCAUCCUGCCCCUGACGCACGUCAUCCUGCCCGCGCUCGCCCCCUUCCUGGCCGCCAUCUCCCUGGUGCCGCGCUGCAACAUCAAGGCCGACAACGCCGAGCUCGCGCUCUGGAAGGAGAUGCUCCCCGUCUGGGCCGAGCGCUGCCGCGAGUGGCUCCACCUGCCCUCGUGCGAGUACGCCGCCGCCGGCCGCAUCCCGCUCUCAAGCGACAUUCCCGGCGCGCCAGUGCUCUGCUCGUGCGGCUGCGGCGUCUUCCCCGAUCAUUUCGUCACGGGCCUCGCGCACUGGGAGCUGGCUCAGAAGCACGCCUGUCGCGUCGCCAUCUCGCCCAACUUCUCUGUGCCGUACGUCGAGCACUCCCUCAACCCGUUCGAUAUCGUCUCGAAUCGAGGCGGGGAGAGAGCUUGUGCUGCCUGUCGCAAGGCGAAGGGGCCCGACGGGGCGGACUUGCUGAAGUGCUCCCAGUGCUCGCUGGUGUGGUACUGCUCGGCGAAGUGCCAGAAGAAUGAUUGGAAGGGGCAUAAGAAAUUGUGUGUCGCAUUCAAACAAAGUGAACCUCGUUCGCUGACGGGAGUACGGGAGUAA